AGAACUAAACCAAAAGCUAAAAUAUUAUUUGAAUAUGGCAUAAUCAACCUUAAUGAUGGCAUUAUUUUAGAAGCUUUAAACCAAUUAGUAAUAUCACAUUUUGAAAUAAAGAUGCAAGAAUAUAAGCCUAAAAAAGCUUUAUUCGUAGAAACAUCCUUGAAAGACCUUGGAAAAGCACUUACCGAAGUUAAAAUUGAAUAUAAUAAUUUAAACUAUAAUAUUGUCUAUUUGCAUCAUCUUUUCGAAAAAUUUUUUUUGUUAUUUCAAGAUAAAUCAAUAAUAAACCUUGAUAACAAAGACCUAUCAGAAGCUAACUGGCUAACAAACAUGCAACCAGUAGAUUUUUCAAUUAUAGAUUUUGAAAUAGCAGAAGAAGUAACAACAUUUCCAAAAAUGACAAAGGUUGUCGCAAAAAUGCUAUUAUUAUGA